CGAGCAAAUUCAUCUCUCUUCUCCUUCUCAAACAGCGUCCAGGAGCUGCUGCAGAGGCAUUGGCCGUCCCACUCCCAUCCCAUAUCUGGCUGCUGUCCAUUUUUAUCAGUCAUGGCGACCAUGCAUCAGCCUCCACAUCUCUCUUCCUUUGCCACCACUUCUCACGACACGGCGCUGUGCAUUAUACCAUCUGAGCAGCACUGUCGCAGCAUUGAAAGUUUACGCGCGCUGUAUGAUAAGGGCUACGGUAACUGGCCCCCUCACAUCAAUCUGGUAUAUCCCUUCGUUGCGCCCGAAAGCCUCCAUCGGGCCAAAUUCCAAGUCGAGCAAUGUUUUCGAAACGCCCCCGGGACCAUUUCUCAAAAUUCCAUCAUCCUUGAUCGGGCAGGAUAUUUCGAGCACCGAAAUAAUAGCACAGUUUUCCUCCAGGCCAGCGGAGAAUCCUCUGAUAUCCUAUCAUCGAUCCGAUCAUUCGUGCUCAAGUCUCUGGGAAACGAGGAUAGUCCCUCCAAAUUCCAUCUGACAAUCGGUCAAUCAAGCAAUGAAUCUCAAUCUACUCGCGAGUUCCUUCUAUCCAAAAUCAAUCUUCUCCCGCCUUUGACUCUUGCUCCGCAUCAUCUUGUCAUUUUGGUGAGAGAGAAAGCCCAGGUGGGCGGAGAAAGAUCAAGUAAAAUGCGCGUAUGGGAUGUUAUCAACAUACACAAUCAAAUCAAGCAGGUUCCAGAAUAUUGGCUCAAUCACGAUGACUUCGAAAAUCAGGGAGCUGUUGUUGAAAGUUCCAACGAAGAGACCAGCGGUACCGGUUACACCAGACAACCGGAGCCGGGAUCGACUUAUGAAUACAACACACAUACCCGCCGAUGGUGUGUUGCGGACGGAAGAACAGUCAUCGACAAUCACCCAGAAACCUUCAGUAUUUCCAGCUAUAAUGUAUUGACUGACUCUCGGCAUCCUGUAUAUGAACGGGAGUCGCUUCUGCUCGACACUAUACUCUCGAAACCUGCUCUUGCCGAAGUGCUCCUUUUACAAGAGAUGUCCGACGAUUUUCUUUCUUGCAUUCUUAGUAAUGACGAUGUCCGACAACGAUACCCCUUCGCUUCGCACGCUCCACCAUCACAAUCGGACAUUGGCCCACUGCCGAGCCUGAGGAACAUAGUCAUUCUCAGUAAGUGGCGGUUCGAAUGGGAAUACAUUCCUUUCCAGCGGCGGCACAAAGGCGCGGUAGUCGCGAAAAUACCAGGGAUUGUGGGACUUGGAGUGGCAGAAAAGCUCCCCUUAGUCAUUGCCGGCGUGCAUCUUACAUGUGGUUUGACUGAUGGAUCCGUUGCUGCGAAAAAGGCCCAGCUUCAGUACGUCAUCAGCCACCUGAACCAAAAAUACCCUGACAGCCCAUGGAUCAUUGCAGGUGACUUUAAUAUCACCACAUCCGAACACACCAUCCAGGAGGCGGUGAAAAACAAAGCGAUCUCUGCACGCACAGAACAGACUAUACGAUCUAUUGACAGCAUGCUUCGUGGAUCUGGAUUACUCGACUCUUGGAUUAAAUCCAGAGUUGAGGGGACAUCAAGAAAUGCACAUUCCGAUAGAGAAGAUCUACUCGAGGGCGAAGAGGGCGCAACUUUCAAUCCUAGAGACAAUCUACUAGCCGCCUCAACAUCGGGAACAUCAAACGGAAGACCGCAACGCUACGAUCGCAUUCUAUACCGGCCGCAAGACUCCUUGUAUAUUGGCCAAUUCAACGACUUUGGUCUUCCCCAAAUCAGAGACGGAGUUAUGCACGUCCCGAGUGACCACUCCGGAGUUCGUGCUUCGUUGACUAUCCGCCCUGGUACACUAUCUGCUAAGCUAGAUCAUUCGCUGCUGCUUUCCGAAUACCCUGUGCGACUUCAAUCAGCAUCGCCAAGUCUAUUUCAACAAGGCAAUGUCGCGCAGACAUUGCAGAAGCUGUCAGUUUUCCCAUCUGCGGAACAAAGGAAUGAACGUAAAGAAGCCUUCGAUCUCCUCAAAUCCGUAGUACUAGGCAUGACCGCAGAGUCGAAACCCUCAAAUAUUCCCAUGAUAAUGGUUCCUGUUGGGUCUUACGCUCUUGGUGUAUGGACAGCUGAAUCGGACAUUGACUGUCUUUGCAUCGGAACCACCAGCUCCAAAACGUUUUUCCGGUUGGCAAUUCAACGUAUUCGUCGCAACGAGUCGCAGAAGAUCCGAUUGAUACGCAAGGUUGAAGCUAGUACAGGAACUAUGCUUGAACUCUCAAUCAAUGGUAUCAGUAUGGAUCUCCAAUACUGUCCAGCAACAGCUAUCGUCUACAGAUGGUCUGAAUUUCCCAGUCUUGCUGCAUCUGACCCAAUCUUCAAUCUUCCCAUUCUUUCCCUUCGCAAAUUGAAACCUUUGCGGGAUCUCAACUCCAUUCUAAGUAGUAUGCCUUCGAAAUCGACAUUUCGCCUAGCAUACCACUUCAUUAAACUCUGGGCAAUGAAGAAAGGGAUCUAUGCUGGCAAAUUCGGUUUCUUGAGCGGCACUCACAUUGCUCUCAUGCUUUCUUGGGUCUGUAAACGAUUAGCGCACGACACCGGUUCGAUCGCCACUGGGGACCUCAUUGUAUCUUUUUUUCACCAUUACGCAAAUUUCGACUGGCAGAACGAGAUUGUCUUCGACGCAUUUUUCCACUCGCAAAAGCCGCGGUACCAUCGAAGUGCACGUGAGCCUAUGGUUAUAUUAGGAUAUCAUGCGCCCCAUUCAAAUAUCGCUCAUACAGCCACCAGGCCUGGCCUUAAUAUCAUUGUACAAGAGCUUAAGGGAGCCGCAGCACGGCUUUCGAUGCCGGACAUGACGUGGGGCAAAUUCUUCGAGUCAAGCAAUGGAUCGCUGAAGUCAUCUGACCUCACAAUUGGUGCGAGCCAAUUCUUGCAGGUUUACGAAAAUUAUGUAAAGAUUGACAUUCAAUACUGGGGACGUAGUCUGUCAAAAGGUCGGAGCCUAGUAGGAUGGCUUGAGUCGCGCUGCAUCGGCCUUGUUGUCGAAAUCUAUAAAACGCUUCCUAAUCUCACCGUUCGCAUCUGGCCAGCUCGUUUCGCGGAGCCUGGCGCAAACGACAGUGCCACCGAAUACUACGGGUGUUAUCUUAUCGGUCUAUCCCGCAAUCAAUCAACAGAGGGCCCGGAUGGCAUUGAAGAGCGUGCAAAAGCGAAACGGGCCAUGGACAAUACUUUGGACCACUUCCUCACGCAACUCCGGGGAGAUCAAAAGUACUACGACAGCGACUCGUGCUGGGUAGAUACUUCCAUAUCCCGGCCAGGAGAGGUGAGGGAGCUGGCUCUCGACAAACGCGAAUGGGGAGACUGUGAAAUGGAGAUCGAGUCUGAUUCAGAGGAUGAGGACGAGGUGGAUGUUCUCGCCGAUGAAUGUGCUUCUAGUACGCCAUCGAAACUGCUCAGGCAUGGCGCGUCGACGCAGUCAUCAACUCCAGUAUCUACAUCGAAAUUAAGGCCUGCGUCUGAUGUGUUGAACAGAUUGCGCUGGGAUCCGAGUCUUGAUGGCGACAAUUACAUUGUCGGGUACGAAGACCGAUUCCUUGGGGCCAGGGAGAUGGCAUUAGGGAAGUGGAAGACUGAACAGACAGACAUGGAGUUCAUUCCACAGCACAGGAUUCUGUAUUUCAAAAGAAAAGACGAGAGCAUUGACGGUGAAGUGGUUUGGGAGAGAGCAACGCGAAUCGAUAAAGUUUUUGGAAGCGGAGUAGGUUCGGGGAACAGCAUUACGUAA